UUUGAAAAGCUGGCGCGCAGCACAUCAGGUUGGCGGAGAGUCGGAGGUUCCUGACGCGCCAAAACACCUGGUGACGCCGGGAGACGUCAUCACAACGGACACGGGAUACAUGAGGUACCGAAAUAUGGGAGCGGGUGGGUUUAUAGGACGUCGUGUUUAGAGAUAAAGAGAGUUUUUAUAGCGCUAUGUGGGGAGGGGGGCACAUGCUUUGCCUUGUGCAUCCUCAGAUUGCCUAGUGUCCGAAACUCGUUGCAGAACUUUGACUCUUCGACUGUCUGGCGUCCCAACACUCCAGUCCCCAUCUCAAUACUCUACACAAAAACGGAAAAAAAAACCACCAGUACAUAGACCAAAUCAAGGAGGUUAUUAUUAUACUCUAUAUAACCUCUUUCACCAAAUUUGAUGAUGGUGUCUCCUGUACCGGCUGUAAUGUUAUAGUACCAUCACAACUUUCAGGACAACUCAUAAAUCAGACGUACGUGUAGAGCUGCUGUUUGCACAUUGGAAGAAAGUUAUUUUAUAUAGAUCCUUAGAAGAUGCCAAACUAUAAUAACCGCUGUGAUUCCAAACAGUACCAUGAGGAUGGCUCCUGUACCUUUGAAAAUAAAAACAAAAGUCAUGAUCUACGUACUGAACUCACCAGACAGCGGAAGAAUGGUGAAUUUGUUGAUGUGGUGGUGGAGGUAGAAGGCAGGCAGUUCCCUUGUCACCGGGCCGUGUUGGCGGUCACGCCGUACUUUCAAACUAUGUUUUCCUCCAACCUUGCGGAAAGCAAGGCCAAGGUUAUAACACUACACGAUAUUGAUUCUGGCAGCUUUUCCAAGAUUCUCGACUUCGUGUACACGGGAGAAAUCUUGAUCGGUAAAGACGAUGUCCAAGACAUCCUGCAGGCAGCACACAUGCUGCAAGUUGAGGGAGUCCUAGAGUGCUGCCAAAGGUUCAUUGAAAACAACCUUUGCGCAUCCAACUGUGUGGGUGUCAUGCACCUUGCCGACGUGUAUGGCUUGUGUGAUUUGAAAAAGACAGCAAGACGCAAGGCGAUGUUUCAAAUCUCAGAGGUUGGACGAUGUGAGGAGUUUCUGAGCCUUUCAACGCAGCAGCUGUUGGAUCUACUUGGAGACAAGGAGCUGGGAGUUGAGAAAGAAGAUGAUGUUGUCCUUUCUGUGAUGCGAUGGCUCGACCACGAGCUAGAAAGCCGCAAGACUGAGAUAUCCAGAAUUCUUCCAGUGCUUUGCUUAUCACGUGUAAGGGUCAGUAUGCUAGAGAAGCUUGAGGCCCACCCAGCGAUACAGGAGUCACCAGAAUGUCUUGCCAAAGUCACUGCUACAAAGGAGGGACAUUUCAGUGGCUCACCCCAGCUGAUGGCAGACACAGGAAGAGAGGAGGCCGGAAGAAAACCUAGCUGUUGGAUUUCAGACGAUUUGGCAAUCAUUAUCGGUGGUUGGAAGGCAGUCACUAAAGAGCGUUACAGCCAAAAUCCUACACCACCGGUGCCUCUCCAAAGCAUAAUUUGCAUGGAUAUAGAUCGUGAUCAAUGCUACCAUGUCACUGACAUUCCGACACCCAUCGUUGGGUGCAUCAGUGUCACAAGUGCAGGACGAUACUUGUACAUGACGGGAGGGCGCGCCUCAUCUUCCCUUCACCCAGACCCUGGUGGCAGCAACAUUCCAUCCAAACAAGCCUUUCGGUACGACUUUGCUACGGACACUUGGAAGAGGUUACCUGACAUGCCUCGCGGUAGGGCGGGACACCAGUCGGCCGUUGUUGAUGGAAAACUGUACCUGGUUGGAGGCAACACUGCAGCGACAUUGUUCAACAUGUUCAGUAUGGAGUGUUUUGAUAUUGAAGCAGAAGCUUGGAUACAGCCACCUAAAGUGCCUGCUAUCAUCCCAUCACCUAACCUGAAGGUGAUAGCAUGCGGGGGUAAGCUUGUGCUCAUUCAGGGAAUUAAAAAGAAGAGUAGGUUCUGUGUCCAUGCCUUAGAUGUUAAAACUCAACGUUGGACUUACGCCAGCAGGUAUGUUGAAGCUGAGGACUUUGAUGCUGAUUUCAGGGCAACUGCUGUUGGCAACAAGGUUCAUUUCUGUGUUGAUAUGCGUAUGUAUUCAGAUGUCUACAACUAUGAUGUUGACAAGGAAACCCCGUCUAUUGAAGAGAAGCAAAACACACAAGAUGUCAAAAAGGAGCUUCACAUAGUGCACGCAGUAUGCGAUAGACGCAAGCGCUAUGUCAAAGGACAGAAGGGUAUUAUCAACACCAUAUCAAGAAAAACCUAUAAACUGCUUGUAGGUCAGUUUAGAAGUUUCUACAAUUAUGGGAGCGGACACACCGAACUGAUCCUUCCCUUUGCUCUGUUUGGCCACGGAUUCCUGGCAACCAAGAAAAGUCGUGUUGGGUGGUUCUGCCGGGACCAGCUUGCAACAGUGGAGAAGGAGAAGGAACUGCAUGACUUGCUUAUGUAUUAUUAUCCAAGCUCAGACGAUGACUACUAAAGGGCUUGAUUUCCCCGUUUCUUCCAAGUAACAGACUGGGGAAGCUACUUGUAUCCAUGGCUUAAACCAUGCCUCUUUAUCAUGGUUAAGUGACAAAUGAUGCAGCAGAGAUUGGUAGAAGACGAAUCCUUGUAUUCCUAGCCUACUUAGCUGCACUGAUACAGAUUAGAUAUGUUUAGCUGGAAAUUGUUACUUACAUUCGUGAUUGAAGUUUCAAUGUUUAUAACUUCCUUUCAUCAUUCCAUGUACUAGUAUAUAUACAUGUUUAUAUUGUCCAA